AUGCAGCCAAACAUCAUUCCGCUCCCCCAGCAGCUCAGCGUUCGACUCACAGUAAAGAAUGGAGACCCGCUUACCGCUUGCAGAGAUAAGCUACCGCCUAUUGAUUUUCUUUUUCAAGUAUCGGCUGGGUAUCGCGGGUUGCGUGGGACGAUAGAGGAGAUGUUCAAUCGUCAGUUUCCUAAUGUAUGGCGCGAUGAGUUCCAGCUAUACCUAAAGCCGAGCAACCACGCCCCUCAGCGCGAUUUUUCGGUACUUCAAGAGGGGCAGAGCGAGUUUGACAUGCAGUUGGAGACUGUGUGGCAUACGGCACGUCUCCGCAAAAAUGGGCAAGCUGAUUUCCGAUUGAUGAUCUUUGUAUACAUUCCCCGCCCGCCACGGGCGACUACACUACGGCAUGCUACGGCUACGCGAAUAGAGGACCAAGCUCCCCGAAUUGCUCAAUUUGUUCGAGAACAUGAAAUCUCUGUUGGACCCGCUACUCAACGCUACAUGAGUGUCCGUCAAGCCCGAUUACCAGAAGAAGCUUCUAUUCAGACACCUGAAGAUCCGACCUUCCGCCAACUGCAAUGGAUUGAUGAGCAAGAAGCUGCAAUGCGUACAGAACAAGACCGCAUGAUGCAGGAUACAAGUGCGGAGUAUCGCGUCGUUCGAGUAAUAUUCGAGGGCACGUCUAUUCCGCUAAAAAUGAACGUGAGCGACCUAAGAUUGGCAUUAGGAUUGCUCUCAUACCCACUUCGACCACCUUUUCGUGCGCCGGUUGUAACCUCUGUGGACGACCCUGAGGUCGAUAUGGAGGAUGUCGAUCAUUGA